UUAAUACUGACGGGAACGUGCUCGCUGUGUUGUGAUACAACCUGGACAGCCAAGUGAGGGAUGAAUCUUAUGGUUCCCAUCACUUAGAAUACUUACAAUAGUAUAGUCUUUGUCAGCAACACGGUCAUUGUCGGAAAUCCCUAUAUUCACGACAAAUGUUAGAAUGGAAAACCUGGAGUUGAGCCUGCCAUCUCUGAGUGCAAUAUCAAGACACAUCGAUAAAAGUCACAACGAACUCAGCAAAUAUCUGGCAAAACAGAUAUGGAGUCAGCAGGACAGGCAGUGCAUUUUGGAAUGUCUUGCACAGCUCUUGUUGGAGAAGGAAUACACUCUCCUCAUCGCUCGUCACUUACGACCACUGAUCCUGGACCUGUUGGAAAGAAAUGCUGAGAGGAUCAAAGCAGACGUCAGGUUGAAUCACGACCUCCAUGAGCGCUUGUGUGUGGCUCUAAGCAAACUUCUCAACAUCAGUCCAGAUGCUCAAGUGUUUGCAGCGAGGUAUUUCAGCAGCUCUCCUCCAGUAUUUCAGAGGCUCUUCUUCACCAGUGAAGAGGCUGCAUCCAUCCAGUAUGGGCCCAGACGGAUGAAACUACGGGACCUGAUGGGGGCCACUCUCCGCUUCCUCCAAAGCGAUUGUGAGAAGUUUCGUGUCCUGUGGGACUGGAGUGCCUGUGUUUCACAGCUUCUUACCAGUGACGUCAUGGUUAGAAGCUAUACUGCCCAGUGCCUUGCCCUGGUGUCCCACAUGACAGAUAACCAGAAAACAAUAUUUUUGCGGAAGGUUCUUUCCAGUGAAGAGAUUCUCCAUCUGAAAAUGAAGUCACUUGAGGAGGUACAGCAGCUGGAAGUAGAAAAGGCUCUAGUUUUGGCCAAUCAGGGCUCAGCAGUAUGGCGGAAAGAGAGGGUAAAGAAGGUCACCUGUGGUCAGGUGGUGACAGAAGACUUAACAAAGAGUGUUACUGUGGUAUGUGGGGUGAUUCUACCUAGACGGACUCCUCGACAAGAUGAACAGAAAUGCUUGAGGAAUUUGGUGUUGGUGGAUUCAACUUGUCAGAAUCUACGGAGACUUGCUAUGGCGGUUGCGUCCCAGAAGCCCAUUCUUUUAGAAGGGCCUAUUGGAUGUGGAAAAACUGCCCUAGUUGAAUAUCUUGCUGCUGUCACUGGGCACGUUAAAGCCCCUGACAUUCUCAAAGUCCAGCUAGGAGAUCAAACCGACAGUAAGAUGUUGCUGGGUAUGUACCGCUGCACAGAUGUUCCUGGAAAGUUUGUGUGGCAGCCAGGAUCUCUGACCCAGGCGGUCUCAAAAGGUUACUGGAUUCUGCUGGAGGACAUUGAUCACGCUCCUUUGGAUGUGAUAUCAGUUCUCCUCCCUCUAAUGGAGAACAAGAAAUUGACAAUUCCAGGACGUGAAGACUGUAUUCAGAUGUCCCCAGCUUUUCAGUUUUUUGCAACUCGAAGAACAUUUUACAGUGGAGGAGCCUGGCAUCGACCACAGAGUACACAUGCUGCACUUUUGGAUAAAUACUGGAGUAAACUGCAGAUCACUAACAUGAGCAGAGAGGAACUUACACAGGUCCUAAUAAAGAGGUUCCCUAACUUGGCAGUGGUGGUGGAUCGUCUUUUGGACAUCUACUGCCAGCUAACAGGAAAUAGACAUCAGAUCAACUCCAGUUCUCAGGGUCCAAGUGCAACCCAAAGCAUAUCAGAUGACCACAUCACAUCACUGGAGGGCAGAGGCCUCUCACUGAGGGAUUUGCUGAAAUGGUGUGAAAGGAUCUGCCUAAAUUUUGAAAGCUCUUGUGCUUCCACAGCACAGAAUGUGUUUCAAGAGGCUCUGGACUGCUUCACUGCCAUGCUUUCCAAAUCUGAGAGCAGACUCAAGAUGGCAGAGAUCAUUGGCAGCAGGCUCAACAUAUCCAGAGAGAAGGCGCAGCACUUUUGCCAGAUGUACCUGCCUGCAAUCACAGUGACGGAGCUGGAGGUGACGGUGGGCCGUGCGAUGUUACUCCGCAAGCAGAGUGACGCGGUGCGGCUGAGCAUAGACAGACAAACAUUCGCUGCCACCCGUCCAUCCUCUGUCCUCCUGGAGCAGCUCUCGGUGUGUGUGACUAAAGGAGAGCCUGUCCUGUUGGUUGGGGAGACAGGCACUGGAAAGACCUCUACCGUCCAGUACCUGGCAGGAAUGACAGGACACCGACUCAGAGUGGUCAACAUGAACCAGCAGAGUGACACGGCUGACCUACUGGGAGGGUAUAAACCAGUGGAUCAUAAGCUAAUCCUGUUGCCGCUCCGGGAAGCGUUUGAGGAUCUUUUCUCUCAGACGUACUCAAGAAAACAGAACUUGACCUUUCUGGGUCACGUCCAAACCUGCUUCAGAGGCAAACGCUGGCAGGACCUUCUGAAGCUCAUGGACCAUGUCUGCAAAUCAGCACUAACUAAGGAACUUCAUGAAAAACCCAAUGCUGCCUUGCUGCAGGAGCAGUGGGAGGCUUUGGCUCUCAAACUCAGUCAGACGCAGGAACAGAUCCGGGCCUGUGAAUCUGCUAUGGUCUUUGCGUUUGUGGAAGGAACACUGGCUCAGGCUGUGAAGAAAGGUGAAUGGAUCCUGCUGGAUGAGAUUAAUCUGGCUGCUGCAGAGACGCUGGAGUGUCUGAGCGGGUUGCUGGAGGGCAGUUCUGGGUCACUGGUGCUGCUGGACAGAGGCGAUACUGAGCCUCUGUUUCGUCACUCAGACUUCCGUCUGUUUGCUUGCAUGAACCCAGCCACUGAUGUAGGCAAGAGAAACCUGCCACUUGGCAUUAGAAACAGAUUCACAGAAUUGUACGUGGAGGAGCUGGAGAGCGAGAGUGAUUUACGAAUCCUGGUCUCAGACUACCUCAAAGGCCUUAACCUGUCCAGAGGAAUCAUCCAUGGGAUCAUCAGUUUUUAUUUGGCCGUUCGUAAGGAGGCUAACACUCGUCUAGUUGAUGGUACAGGUCACAAGCCACACUAUAGUUUGCGUACUUUAUGCCGAGCUCUGAAGUUUGUGGCCUCUGACCCCUGCUACAACAUCCAAAGAUCCCUCUAUGAGGGUUUCUGCUUGAGUUUUCUCACUCAGCUGGAUCGCAGCUCUCACCCCAUCGUCCAGAAACUGGUGUGUCAGUACAUACUAGGAGGAAAUGUGAAAUGUCUUAGACAGCCAAUCCCUCAGCCAAAGGACCGCGUGUGUGUUCAGAUAGACGAGUACUGGUUGAGUCAAGGCGAUAAGGAGCUGGCUGUGGACCCCAGUUACAUCCUCACACCCUCCGUCAAGCUCAACCUGAAAGAUCUGGCACGGGUGGUGGCCGCCGGCAUCCAUCCAGUGCUCCUUCAGGGGGAAACGUCUGUAGGAAAGACCAGUCUGAUAAAAUGGCUUGCAGCUUCCACAGGAAACCAGUGUGUGCGAAUCAAUAAUCACGAGCACACGGAUAUCCAGGAGUACAUCGGCUGCUACUCCUCUGAUGAGCAUGGCAAACUUGUCUUCAAAGAAGGCGUGCUGAUCGAUGCUAUGCGGAAAGGUUACUGGAUCAUUUUGGAUGAACUGAACCUUGCCCCCACUGAUGUUCUUGAGGCUCUGAAUAGAUUACUGGAUGACAACCGGGAGCUCUUCGUUGCCGAGACACAGGAAGUGGUCAAAGCCCAUCCCAGAUUCAUGCUUUUUGCCACCCAGAAUCCUCCUGGGCUCUACGGGGGCAGAAAGGUUCUGUCCCGAGCGUUCAGAAACCGUUUUGUGGAGCUGCAUUUCAAUGAGUUGCCCAGUUCAGAGCUGGAGAACAUUCUCCAUCAGCGCUGCAGUUUGCCUCCUUCCUACUGCUCUAAACUCAUCAAGGUCAUGCAGGACCUGCAGUCUUUACGUAGAGGAUCCAGUGUGUUUGCUGGGAAACAUGGGUACAUUACUCUGAGAGACCUGUUCCGCUGGGCUGAACGCUAUAGGCUGGAGGAGCAGAGUGAAUCCUCACGUGAUUGGCUGCAGCAUCUGGCUGAUGAUGGAUACAUGCUGUUGGCCGGCCGCGUCAGAAAGCCGGAGGAAGCAGUGACCAUCCAAAAUAUUCUGGAGAAGCAUUUCAAAAGGACAGUGAACCCAGAUGCUCUUUUCUCUGAAGGCCAGGUCACCUCUCAGUUCAGCCCAUUUGUGGACAGUAUUGCGGGUGUCCCUGAGGAGUUCGGUCAUGUGGUGUGGACGCAGGGCAUGAGGAGACUGGCUGUGCUAGUGGGACGAGCACUUCGUUUUGGAGAGUCUGUCCUGCUUGUUGGGGACACGGGGUGUGGUAAGACCACCAUCUGUCAGCUGUUUGCUGCACUGGCUGGACAGAAAUUCUUCUCCCUGAACUGCCACUUGCAUAUGGAGACAUCAGACUUUCUGGGUGGCCUUCGUCCGGUCCGUCACACGGGAACACAACAGGCUGAUGCGGAGGAUGGUCGUCUAUUUGAAUGGCACGAUGGGCCACUGAUCCUGGCGAUGAAGCAGGACGGAGUGUUUCUGAUGGAUGAAAUCUCACUGGCAGAUGACUCAGUGCUGGAGAGACUCAACAGUGUGUUGGAGCCUGAAAAAUCUUUGGUGCUGGCAGAGAAAGGCAGUGGAGAUGAAGAGGUUGAGCUCAUUAUUGCAGGAAACAAGUUUCGGCUUGUCGCCACCAUGAACCCUGGAGGUGAUUUUGGAAAGAAAGAGCUGUCUCCAGCACUCAGGAACAGGUUCACAGAGAUCUGGUGCCCCCAGAGCAACAGCCGCAAUGAUCUAAUACAGAUCAUCCAACAUAACCUGCGGCCUGGGCUAUCUCUGGAUCAGCAUGACCACCAAGGUAAAGACAUAGCAGAGCUCAUGCUAGACUUCAUCGACUGGCUGACCAAUCAGGAGUUUGGCCGGCGCUGUAUUUUAAGUGUGCGAGACAUUCUGUCAUGGGUGAAUUUCAUGAACACUGUUUGUGAGCGCGACGAGGAUGGCUUUAUGACCAUGGGGGAGCUGGAAGAGGAGGAGCCGGAUUGGGACCUAAAACUGGACACCGUAACAGCCUUUAUUCAUGCUGCAUGCCUUGUGUAUGUGGAUGGAAUCGGUUCAGGAACCACCGUGUCAGCAGCAGAGAAUGCCCUGGUGGCACGCAAGUUGAGUCUGGAAUACCUGGAGAAGAGACUGAGCAGAGUUACAGAGCUGGAUGAGGAGAUGCAGGAAGCACUCAAAGUCUACAACACCAGCGUCCCCAGAGAGCCUCAGUGGGGUGAAGGGUUUUUUGGCAUCGACCCCUUCUAUAUCACUGCUGGUUCUGAGAGUGAAAGCAGGAGUUUGUCGGACUAUGCUCUGAGUGCGGGCACCACUGCAGUGAAUGCUCAAAGGAUUCUGCGGGCACUGAAGCUUCAGAGACCCAUACUGCUCGAGGGCUCACCUGGAGUGGGCAAGACUAGCCUGGUUGCUGCCCUUGCCAAGGCUUCUGGGAACCAUCUUGUCAGGAUCAACCUUUCUGAGCAAACCGAUGUGACCGAUCUUUUUGGGACAGAUCUGCCAGUAGAAGGUGGGAAAGGAGGAGAGUUUGCAUGGCGUGAUGGUCCUCUACUUGCUGGACUGAAAGCUGGGCAUUGGAUUGUCCUUGAUGAGCUGAAUCUGGCCUCUCAGUCAGUGCUGGAAGGUCUUAACGCUUGCUUUGACCAUCGUGCUGAGAUCUAUAUCCCUGAGCUGGGCAUGCGCUUCCACGUUCAGCAAGAGAAGACCAAGAUCUUCGGCUGCCAAAAUCCUUUCACACAGGGAGGAGGACGCAAAGGCCUUCCCAAGUCCUUCCUUAACAGAUUCACUCAGGUUUAUGUGGAUGCUCUAACCAAUGAAGACAUGCAGUUCAUUGGGGACUCCAUCUUUCCUAAUAUCGACAAUGCAAUCAUCUCAAAAAUGGUCCAGUUUAGCAACCGGCUUGUCCAAGAAGUGAUGGUUGACAGGAAGUGGGGACAGAGAGGAGGAUCAUGGGAGUUUAAUCUCCGUGACCUGUUCCGCUGGUGUCAGCUGAUGCAGACUGACCAAUCACCAGGCUUCUUCAACCCUGGACAGCAUGUUGGAUUGGUGUAUGCAGAUCGCAUGAGGACUGAAGCAGACAAGGCUCAGGUGUUAGCAGUGUUCAGAAAAGUGUUUGGAGAAGACUUUGAACCAUACAUGGGCUCCAGACAGUUUCAUAUCACGCCACUCAACCUGCAGUUGGGUUACUCAGUCCUGCAGCGUAGUGGAGCACCACCUAUCACUCUGGAUCCUCCUCUGUCGAUCACCCAUCAUUCUUUGCGUCCUUUGGAGGCUCUGAUGAAGUGUGUAGAGAUGGGCUGGAUGGUCAUACUGGUGGGUCCCACUGCGAGUGGAAAGAGCAGCCUAGUGCAUCUGCUGGCACUGUUAACAGGACACAGACUGAGGGUCAUGGCCAUGAAUAGCGCCAUGGACACAACCGAGUUACUGGGUGGCUUUGAGCAGGUGGACAUCAUACGCCCCUGGCAGCAGGUCUUGGAGAGCAUGGACUAUGUUGUUGCUAUGGUGACCAGGCGAGGACUGAUGUCUUUGGACGGAGCAGUGCAGGACACUGAGUUUCUUUUGAGCACGUGGAGCACUUUCCGCCGCUGGCUGAGAGAGGAGGGUCUGGACACCACUGAGGGCCAACUUACAUUUGAGGCUUUAAACAAACUGGAGGUCAUCAUUGUUCUGCUGCACAAACUCAACACUAAACUCAAGGUCUUCACAGAUAUGUCAAAGCUGCAGAUGGACUUCACUCUACUUAAGGAGCGUUUGGCUCAGAUGCAGGACGGCUGGACUCAUGGUGGCUUUGAGUGGCUGGAUGGGACGUUAGUUCAGGCGCUACAGGCUGGAGACUGGUUGCUUAUGGACAAUGUCAACUUCUGCAGCCCUUCUGUGUUGGAUCGACUCAAUGCUCUUUUGGAACCCGGUGGGUGUUUAACCAUUAAUGAACGAGGGAUUAUUGAUGGAACGACACCCACCAUCACCCCACACCCUAACUUCAGGCUGUUCCUCACGAUGGAUCCCACACAUGGGGAAAUCUCCCGAGCCAUGAGGAACCGUGGUGUUGAGAUCUACAUCCCUGGCGAGCAUGAGGGCGUAUGCUGGGAUACCCUGGAUCUGAAGAUGGUUUUACACACCCUCGGCGUAACAGGAGACUGUGUGUGUGACCUGCUCAUCUCCAUUCAUUCAGAAAUCAAGAAGACCAUAUGGGACUCUCCUGCAUCCUCCAUGUCCUCUCUUCUUCAUGCUGCGUCGCUGUUGUCUGGUCAGCUCCAGAGAGGAGUGGAUCUGCCCAGUGCUCUUCUGCAGGCCUGUGGAGAGGCUUAUGCUUUCUGCCAGCGCACCAUCGCUAACCAGCAGCUGGCACAGGAAGUCAUAGAGAGGCAAUUGGCAGUGCUGGACUCUGAGGACUGGGGAAGUGGGCUGCUGUGUGCAGGCGUUUGGCCAGACCGCAUCCCUUCAGCCCUCAUGUGCACGGAGGACUCGUGUUUCUCCAGUGUUCAGAGAGAUGGACAGGUCCUCCUGUACUGCCUCAACACCCUCAGCUUGUAUGGGAAAAGGAACCGUCCACUAAGUCUGGUUGACCUGCAGAGGGCGAUGCAGAGUGGUACUGUACUGGACGGGCUGCAAUUUUCUGGAGGUGGAGGAGUGGAUGGAGGGGUUGAGAAUGCCCUGCUGCUUCUCCCGACCGCAGUUAAAUUACUGACAGAAAGAGCUUCUCACAGUGACUGGGUUCUUAGAACCAGCUGGAUUUCCCACCUUACCAAAACGUACAAACAUGCACCAGAUACAGCUUUGAUGCUGUUGGAGGCAGGAUGCACAGCUCUAAAGGCCAUAUUCAGCAGCAAACUCAUCGGGAAAGGCAAAUGUCUAGCAGAGCUCUUGCAGCCACACAGCACAGACGAUUACAGGAUUCUGGUAGAUAUGCGUUGGAAUAAGCAGUACUUGGACAUCUUGGCCAACACCUGCAACUUUGAGGAUGAGGAGAGAUACAUGGAGUUUAUGGAAGCACUCAACGCUGUUGCAAACAGAAUCAUGUUGUUGAUGGACCGAGAAGAGAGAGCCGCUAUUAACAGCAGUGAUGGAAACACCUCACCCCAUAACAGUGCCCUUAGACUGGCCACUUCCUUCUCCAAAGGGACGGUGGACAUAGGACACCUGCCUCAUCCAGUGUUGGUCCACCUACGCUCAUUCUUUGACCUGUGGGAUUCAUUCAUCCUGCAGGCUGUGCAGACAGGCCAGCCUUACAUCUCUGACCACCUCAUGUUUGAGAUCCUGCAGCUGCUGCAGUGGAGGGAUCGAUUCUGGCUUGUGUGUAACUCUCUGUCUGCGGAUCCUCGUGGUGUGUGUGUGCUUUCUCUGCAUUGGCAGUGGGUUCACAAAAACUUGAUUUUGCGGCUGCCUCAGCUUUUGAUGGGGGAUAGUGACUAUGAAGGCCAACAGGAACUGCACACCAUCUCUACAGCUAUCCAGAACUCACUUUCCAGCUCCGUCGCUGUGGCAUCUGCACUGAAGGGCAUUCAGAAGACAUUAGGAAAGCCACUGCCGUUCAAGCUGGAGGCGGUGGCUGAAUGCGCAGGCCGUCUGCGAGUGCUGUGCAGGGCUUUAGAUGUUCGGGACCUGCGCCUCGACAACAGUCUCGCAUCAUUAUGGAAGCAAGAGGUGUCUCGUCUGCGUGGUGUGGCCAUGGGCAUUGACUCCAAAGAGGCUCUGCUGGAAGCUUGGGGUCUGGUGCUUCAGGCCAACCUUUUGUUGGAGCCGCAGAACUCGGGUAACUCAGGUGUUCUGGAGAGGCUUGUGAGCUGUGUGGAUCAGCAGCAGGGUCAUAUGGCUUCCUGUGGUCUGCUGGACUCUCUGUCUGAGGAUGAGGAGGAGGAAGUGGGAGACAGUGCUGCACCAGGCCAGGAGGUGUUACUGCAGCUGGCACGCAGGGCUCAGCUGUGGCCUGCAUUGGAGGAGCUGGCGGUGCUUAAUCAGAUGAAGGUCACCACAGACCUGCUGUACCUGUCAGUCACAUCAGGAGGCAAUAAAAAGGCAGAAGACAGUCUGCGCAGGUCUUUCUCCAAUCAUCUGCGCUUCUGUAUGCAGUCGACCCCCAUGAACAUCAGACAGCUGCAGCCUCUCUGGUUCCUGCUCGGAACUGAGCGGCCUGUGGAGGAGCUGCCGCUGGUGUGGUGUGAGCUGCUGUCGGAGACACUUGCAGCACUGUGGAGUAGCAGUGUGACCUCUGACCCUGAGCGCUGGCUCAAGUGGAAUCCACUGAACCCUGAGGAACACAUCAACUCCAGAUCAGUACUGGGACCCUCUGAUACAGGUCCUGGUAUGCUGAGUCGUGCCGUGUGGUCCCGCUCCAUUCUGGGGGUUUUGAGUAACACUGAUACCGGAGGAAAGUGGGAUCCAUCAGGGUCACACUUCCUGUCAUCAUCACGGGUGACUCUGGGCGAGUGGAGAGAGAGAACUGGACAGUUACAGGAUCUGAGUGCUGUGAUCUGGGAUAAUAUGACUAUGCCUGAGCUUGCUGAUUUCAGACUAACUGACUGUAGGUUACAAGGGCUUGUGUUGCGUAAACAGCUGCAGUCGAUCUCUGAGCUGUUGUCUCCAGGUUUACAGGAGAGCUAUUCUGAAUCCUGCGAUGCUCUAACGGAUGGCCAGGAUGCCAUUCAUGCUGCCCAGGAGAUUCAAAUCGCCCUCAGAGAAGGCCUGCCUGAAAACCUGCUCCCAGAGGGCUUUCUGGAAACCUUAGUGACAUGCUUGACGCAGUUUGCACACAACCGGGCACAGGAUUCAAUCCAACUUGCCCGCUCUGGAGUUUUCUGGGUGAACAUGGGUCUGCUGCAAAUCCAAGUUUGGGCUCCACAAACAAUUUUUGACCCUGCAGUAAAGAGAACCUAUAAACUCCGUUAUGCACAAGAGGAGCUUGCUUUGCUACAGGAGGAGUGGAGAGGGCGGAGUCUCUCCUCACAGCUGCUCACAGGGGCGGAGCUCGAAGAGAGUAGCACAACUGACAACUUCCAGCAUCCUCGCAUUAGGUACUUAUGGAUCCGCAUGCAGCAGGUGAAGGAGCAGAUUUGUGAACUGAGCCGUAAACAAGCUUACCGUCCUCCUGACCCUCAGUACGGCCGCCUCUAUCAGGAACUCCAGCACUACUUGUGCAGCAUCGGCCAACCAGCUGCAGUGGGUGACCUGCUCUCACACCUCCUGAAGGCCCUACAAGCCCCAGGACCAAAAUCUAAGCUAGGCGUUCAGAGUUUGUUGAAGGAGGAGGCUGUCUGGCAGGCUUCACAGCACCGCUUCUCCCAGCGGCUGCUUGAGGAGUUCCCUCUUUAUCCUGAUGUGGUGGUGCCUCUUCGAGCAGCUAUAUUGCAGGUGCAGCAUGGAAUGCGACUCCUGGCUUCUCAGGUGUCCUUCUCAAUGACUGCCCAACCAGGUCUGGUCAACCUUGUGUCCACUAUGCUAGCUUUUCCCAGUCCAGUAGCGUCCUCUGAUCUGGCCUGUGCAGAUUACCUGUGUUCAAGGGAGUGCAUGCGUACACUGAAAACACUGGGAAAGCAGCUGCCGGCUACAGAGGUCAGCCGUGUGAUCCCAGAUCAUGCAGUGCUGCUGCUUAAUGCACUGCUGUACAUACAGAGUCACACACUGAGUGCUGGACAGCUAAGUGCAGAGGCGCAAAAACUCUUCAGACAUGUUUGCCAGGCUAUAGUGAAUGAAUGGGAUGAACAGGAGAAGAGAGCAAGAGAAAAAGAGCAGAUGGAAGCCAGUCUGUACCGCAGUCGCUCUCGUCUACACGGCACAGGCCUAACAGAGGACCAGCAGGAAGAAAGAGAGUUCAGACGCUCUUUCCCCUCCUACCACAAGGAUUUUGCUGACAUCACUUCAGAGCCUAGUCUCGAUCAGCCAAUAAUCAUUGAAGAUGAUGAUGAUGCAGAUACGAAGGCGGAGUCUAGUGAAACAAGCAACUUCUUAUUGGUCAGCAACAUAAGCAAAGUGGUUCAGGUCCAUCAGAGGCUCUGCUUGUCUUUUGCUCGGUCACUGUGGUACCAUUCUGAGCCACCAACCAGUCAUGCCAAAGACCACAUUAGUGCCCUGGUCUCGUCUUAUCAAAUCACAGCUCCACUGAUAGCCCGCUUCUACCAUCUGAUGGACUGUGAAGUGAACCCUAAGUUAAUGGGCUCUCAGCUGCUCCUCAGCACUCUUCUCCAGAACACCGUGAGUGGGUCUGGAGGGUCAGCUGGACUGAUUCUUCAGAAUGACGGCCCGUAUGACUUCUACAGAGAGUCUAACAUGAGUCAGGCAAGGCUGUGUCUGCCAGCGCUGGAACAGCUGAGUAAGGCAGUGAGACAGCGGCUCAACGACUGGCCAGAACACCCUGCGCUUGUUCAGAUUAUCAUGGUGAUUGAGCGGAUACUGGCCUUCAGUCUGUCCAGCCCUCUAGCAAAGUUCCUAAAUGGCCUGGAGAUUCUUCUCAGAAAAGCACAGGACUGGGAAAACAAUGCUAGCCGAGCAGUGUCUCUUAGAAAUGAACUGGAAGUCGUCACACAACUUAUCAUUCAGUGGAGAAAACUUGAGCUCAACUGCUGGUCGAGCAGCCUAGAUAACGCACUGAAGCGACACGCUGAGAAUUCCACCAAACACUGGUUGUCCAUUUACCAGCUCAUAGAGAAAUACCUGCAGGAGCAGAAGACAAACUCCAGACAUGUAGAUGAUGGUGUGGAGAAUCUUUCCCUCUCGUCGAUCUCAUCCAGUCUGCAGGCCUUCAUAGAGGGCUCCACUUUAGGAGAGUUUUCUGUCCGCUUGUCCAUGUUGCUCGGUUUUCACUGCCACGUCCUGCUCGCUCCCAAACAAGAAGGAUAUGACUCACUAUGCAGUUUGCUGUGGAAUCUCUAUAAAUACUACUCACAGUUUUCAGCGAGCAUUCAGACCAAAAUCACCCACUUGAGGUCUCCUAUAGAGAAAGAGCUAAAGGACUUUGUCAAAAUCUCCAAGUGGAAUGAUGUCAGUUUUUGGUCCAUCAAGCAUUCAGUGGAGAAGACACACAGGACCCUGUUUAAGUUUGUGAAGAAGUUUGAAGCGGCUCUGAAGGAGCCGUGUGCACCGUGUCUGGUGGAGCAGGGCAGUAGCAGCAGCAUGGAUGAUGUGGAUUCACAGCCUGAGGAGACUCCCCUUCACAGGGUUCACAGAGCGCUGAAAGAAGCCCUUCCUGGAAAGGGCAGAGAUCUGCAGGCUGAUGGUCCAGAGGAACUGCCUUCUGAAGAUCCCUCAUCUCUGCAAACCCGUCUGCCUGUCCUCACCAGGAAGAUGAAGAAGUUGUGUGUGCAGCUGGUGAAGAAGACCUCUCUGCCUGAACUCUCAGAAGACCUGGAUCAGUUCACAGCCGAGAUCAUUUCGAAUGUGCAGGCCCUGCAAAGCCUGACGGUGGACCGCAGCAUGGAGCAGGAGAAGCAGAAAGCAGAGGUGAAACACAUCCUUCAGCAGAAACAGAGAGCCCUGGCUGAUCUCUUCAAGAUGCUUGCGCAGAUAGGUCUGUCCUACCGUAAAGGUCUGACUUGGAGUCGUACAGCAGAUUCAGAUGAAACAGUGUGUCUUCAGCCAGUGGAGAUGAAGGUUGCCCUGUCCGCAGUCAAGACAAACGACAACAGUGAGCAAAUGUUAUUUGCAGAGAUGACAAACGCAUGGGAAGGCUGUGAGAAGUAUUUCUACCGAUCCUGGGCCAGGCGAAACGCAUUGUUAACAGCAUUACAAAGUGCUGUUAAGGAGCUUGGGCUAGGAAAUGUAGAACGAUGUCGAGGUUUCUCUUCUCACUUGUUUAAACUUCUGCUGAGACAAAGACGGAGACUUGCUGGACUCACAGAGCACUGGGUUCAUCUCAGGAAAUUGAUCAGCAGUGUCCAGAGCAUCCAGUCCCAGAGCUCUGAGUCUGGCUGUGAUGUCAGUGGUGUACCUCCUCAGGACUCCCUACAGCACUGGAUCCGCAGGGCUCAGUCUUCAGCGCUGCACUGCUAUGUUGUUCUCCAGCAGAUAUCCUGGCUCCUCCAGUGCUGUCCUGAAGGCUCUUCUGUCGCCCCCGCUGAGGCCAGAGAAGGAGAGAUCAUGCAGGGUCAGGCCACACUGAGCCACCCGUCUCCUUUGGCUCCGCACGUCCAGCCACAGGCCUGUUUACUGCGCAGAGGAGAGCAGGGAUGGAAGGAAGUUGAGCAGAAGGUGGAGAGUUUGAUGAAAGAAGUGAAAGAUCUGAAAAUGAAGCUGGAUGGACUGGCGCAGGAGUCCACAGAAAGAGUUAUUUGUAGUUGGGAUCACUUCACACUCUGCUGUUCCUCUCUGGAUCGACUGGCUAUAGUAGUGAAUCAAAUCCCGGCUCUAGAACAUUUCUUUAUUCCUGAAAGUGUUGUGGUCCUCCAAACCCAGCCUGCCCUCAUCCGUGGCCUCCAGUCUGUGAGGACAGAGGUGGAGACCUGCCUCACAGAGUUCACCACCUGGAAAACCCAACUUCUCUCUAUCAGACAGUCACAGAAACGACAUUCCCAUCCAUUUUCUGUCGAGUUCUCUGGGCAGCUGGAGAAAGCAAUAAACAUGGUUUUAUGUGCGGUUCAGACACUAGUUAAGAGGAAGGAGAAGGAAAAGCAGGAGGAUCAGCAGUCAGAAAGCAAGAGAGAGAGUGACUCAGAGGUGGUGGAAGAGCUUUUAAAACCAGGACACUUGAGCAGGUUGCUGGAAGAGGAACUGAGUGGAGACAUGUCCAGCCUCUCAUUACCCGAGAUCAAUGGAGUAGUAACAGAGCUGCUGGAGAGACUUCGUUCACACAGGAACGACUGUCAGCCUCCCCAAUUACAGGAGUUGAGAGAGGCUUGCAGGAGUGUGGUGCGUUUGGAGCCCAUGCUGUGUCUCUACUCUGAAUUGGUGCGGUAUUAUCUGGCUGUUCUGAUGGGGGCUCAUCGUACCACCGGAAAGCUUUUGUCCGUCCUCGCUAAUGUCUUCACUGAACUUGCACAAAAGGGCUAUUGUCUGCCCCAGGAGCUGAUGGGAGGAGGAGAUGGGGAGGGAGCGACAGAGUUCCAUGACUAUGAAGGUGGAGGUAUAGGAGAGGGUGAAGGAGUGAAAGACGUCAGUGACAAAAUCGAGAAUGAGGAUCAGGUUGAAGACACCUUUCAGGAGGGUAAGGACAAGGAGGAGGAGGAGCAAGACAAACAGGACAUUAAAGAGGAAGACAAUGCCAUCGAGAUGUCUGAAGACUUUGAUGGAAAAAUGCAUGAUGGAACUGACCGAGAACCAGGUGAGGAUGAAGAAGACUCUGAUAAGGAAGAAGACGAGGAGCUGGAUAAGAAGAUGGGGGAUCUGGGAGAUGGCCAGACAGAUACGCUGGAUGAGAGAAUGUGGGGAGAUGAUGAGGAUGAGGACAAUGAUGAUGACAGUGAUAAAGAAGAAGAGUCUGGUCCAGGAAUGGAUCAAGGAGAGUCAGAGCUGGUCGCAAAGGAUGACAACACGGAUGCUGGAGAAUCAAACAAAGAUAAGAGCCAAGACAAAGAUCUGCCAAAAGAUGAGGAAGAAAAAGAGAAAAUCCAUGAGCAGGUGGAUGAGCGCGAGUUUGAUGAGAAUGAAGUAGACCCGUACCAUGGAAAGCAGGAGAAGAAAGCAGAACCAGAAGCCAUGGAGCUGCCAGAGGAGCUUAACCUCGAUGAAGAUGGCAAAGAUGAAGAGGGCGAAGAAGGAAAUGAGGAGAAUCCAUUUGAUAUAGAUGACAAACUUAUGGAAGUGGAUGAGAAAACUGGAGAAGACAAAGAUGAGCCAGAGGAAGGUGGCGAUGAGAUGACAGAUGAGCAGCAGCAAGAAGGACAGGAGGAGGAACGUGGAGAGGAAGAUAACACAGAAGAGAAGGAAGAAGCAGAAAAAUCUGAAGAUCAAGACCCUGAAAUGGAUGAGAGAGGAGAGAAUGAGGAAGAGGAUGACAACAAGGAGAAGAAUAAAGGACAGGAUGAAGGGCCAGAGGAGGACAAGACUAUACCUGCUGAUAAAGGCCAAGAUCCAAAGGAGGAAGAGGAUGGUGGUGAGGAUGAUGAAGCUCAGCUGGGCUCUGCAGAGAGGAAGGAACAUGCGUCAGAUGGGCAGACAGGAGAGGAGAACGUUCAGAGUGACACUGCUGUAGAGUUGGCGGGAGCAGCGUCAGAGAAAGACCAGGCGAAAGAGGAGGAUGGCAGCGGAGCAGCAGAUGCCAGUCAGUCAGAAGGGCACGACUCUAAGCUGAUGGCCAGAAUGAGUUCACAAAAACAGAGGCAGAAAAACACGCAGAGCUUCAAGCGCAAACCUGGGCAGGCAGAUAAUGAGCGCUCGAUGGGUGAUUAUAAUGAGCGUGUGAAUAAGCGCUUGCGUACAGUUGACAAAACAGAGCAGAAUACACAGGAUCAGACACACUCUGAUACACAACAGGAGUCUGACCUGUACGAGCACAUUAAGCAGGGAGAGGAGCGAUAUGAUGCUCAGACAUAUGAUGCUGCGAGUAAGGAGCAGCAGAAGCCGACUGGUGUGAAACAGGAAGAAGAGGAUGAGGAAGAUGACAUCGCGAUGGAAGUGGAGGAAGAGAAGGACCUACAGGCAGUUGAAGCCCAGGAGCUUAAACCAGAGAAGCUAAAUGACAAUAAGGCUUCUCGAAAAGGUCUGGACUGUGGGGAUUUGGAGGCACAGAAACAGGCCAGUGAGGAAGAGAAGGAGAAGCCGGAGACACAGAGGAGCACCUAUGAAGAAGAGAUGAAAGAGAGGAGCGACGAGUCCACCAUCCACACUGUGCCGGAACUACUGAUGGACACACAAAAGGCACCUCUAAUGAACCCAGAGGAGCUGAGAAGAGAGAUGGAGCUGCAGUUGGAGGCCUGGCAGAGACAUACUUUAGGAUCACAUGAAGAGGAGAGUGCUGCUGCAGCGUUGUGGCAUCAGUACCAGACCCUGACGUCUCCACUGUCCCAGCAGCUCUGUGAGCAGCUCCGACUCGUCCUGGAGCCAACACAAGCUUCCAAACUCAGGGGAGACUUCCGUACAGGCAAACGGCUCAACAUGCGCAAGGUUAUUCCCUACAUUGCUAGUCAGUUUCGCAAGGAUAAGAUCUGGCUGAGGAGAACAAAACCCAGCAAGAGGAACUACCAGAUCUGCCUGGCUGUGGAUGACUCCUCCAGUAUGGUGGACAACCACACCAAACAGCUGGCGUUUGAGUCGGUCUCUGUGAUAGUGAACGCUCUCACCCUUCUGGAAGUGGGUCAGGUCUCUGUCUGCAGUUUUGGAGAGACUGUCCAGCUGCUUCAUCCUUUCCACCAACAGUUCAAUGACCAAACAGGAGCCAAAAUACUGCGGCUCUGUCAGUUCCAGCAGAAAAAGACCAGAAUUGCUCAGUUUUUAGAGACCUCAACAAACAUGUUUAUGGCAGCUAAACAGCAGAUCCCUGGUGCGACAAACACUGAGACAUCUCAGCUCUUACUAAUAGUGUCUGAUGGUCGGGGUUUGUUCUUGGAGGGGAAAGAGAGAGUCGCCACUGCUGUUCAAGCUGCCCGCAGUGCAAAUGUCUUUGUCAUAUUUGUAGUGUUGGAUAAUCCCAACUCAAGGGACUCCAUAUUGGAUAUCAAAGUGCCCAUAUUUAAAGGGCCGGGUGAGCUGCCCGAGAUUCGGUCUUACAUGGAGGAAUUCCCCUUCCCUUUCUAUGUUAUUUUGCGAAAUGUGAACGGCCUCCCAGAGACACUGAGUGAUGCUCUGAGACAGUGGUUUGAGCUGGUGACCGCCACUGAACAGUGAUGGACCACCAUUGUGCAGGGGCCAGAAGACACAACUGUAAAAACUGAAGAUCCACUGCUGCUAGUCCUCCUAAACAUCAAUCCCCAAAACACACACACACACGCACACACAAUAAGACAUUAGACAGGCUGCUGUACAUGUGCCUUUUUCAUUUAAUUUCAUUGAAUUUGUAGUUGGAAGUGGUUUUUCCUUCUCAUAGCCACAAUCGCAAGGAAUUUCUCUCGUUAACAUCGACUUUGCACAUCUUUUAUGUUGUUUUAUUGUAUUUUUUUGUUUUAUAAAACUACUCGGAAAUGUGAUGGAAGAAUUUCAGCUGAACUGACUGAAUAUUGAUUGAAGAGACCUCCUAACCCUGCAGCGUUUCCUUCACCUUCUCUCAUUCUCUAUCAUGCAUCAUUUUGUAAAUGUGAAAAACCAAUAGUGUGAAUGGCACUGCCAGUGUUUGAGAGGAUCAUACAACAAAAGUCCAACUGCAUGUCAGUAAUCACUUUCAGACCUGUUUAUGGUAAUCCUGAAAAAAAUAAUAAUGUGCCUUUACAAAACACCUCCCGUUCCCAUCUAGAUGGUUCUCCUCUUUGGUACUGACUCGGAAGGAUUCUGACUACUAAAUCACUGGUUGGUUCCUCUUUCCAACCAGAAGCACAAUUUCAAACUUUUGCAAGAUCUUUUAAGUUGUCUGUGAUUUCAGUCAACGCUGUUCUGUAUUUAAACUUCUAGUCAAUAGCUGCAUCUACUACUAAGCAUAUCUAGUUUUAAACAUUUCUGUGGGUUAGUUCCGUUCGCGCACACCUUUCUGCUUCUAGAAAGCAGCAUCGAGAAAAUACUUACAUCAUGUACACAUUGUUUAAAUGCAACAGUAACAUGGUUUGCGUCUUCUCCUGUCGUUUUCUUCCUCAUCUCGGUUCAUGAAAUGGUUCUUGCUGAUAACUGUGGAAAUAAUAAUAAUAAA